CGGCGAAUCAGUUGUUUGAACGACGAGCAAGUGAUGGUUGUGUAGCUUCUCUAAAGCUUCGCCGGCUCAUUUAACGUAAUCUUUUGUUCCGUUGAACUGACCAGAACAUUUUCCUCUCCUUCUUCAUCACCAGAUUACCAACAGUAGUGGUUUUCUUUUUCUUUUAUAAAACUGUGUUUAUAAGAGAAAUACCUUUUUCAAUUUGAAAUGGAGGUGCUACCGUGUCCGGUGAAUGUGAAUUUCAGCAACAACAGAGCUGGAUAUGCUACUGAAGAGUUGGAUGGUGCUUGCCAGGCGUUGGCAAGGCGAUUGGAGGUUGAACUCAGGGCAGCUAAACAUGCCCAGCUCGCUUGCGGCGAAGUCUUACUGCCUGCUGAUCUUCUUCCCAGAAUUGCAGGAGAAGUGCUCGCCAUGGCUGAGAACGAGCCUUGUGGUCUUAGAGGCUGCACGUUAUUCAUAAGCUUCGAAAAUGACAGCUUUUGCCGAAAGCUUUCCAGAGUGCAGUGCGACCCCAGUGCGAUUUCCACGUUUGAGCUCUACCUAACUCUCAAACAAGAUCACACCUCAUGGCAUAUUCUGCUGCCACAAUUUCUCAAAAAUCUUACUCGUGGUGGAACAAUAAUGAUUAGCAGAGAUUUCACUCUGGAAAAAAAGAAGCUGUACCGAUCUUACCAGCAAGACCAUUGAGCCCGUUGUUGAUUCAAAUGAGUGAAAUGAACAACUUCUCAAUGAGUGAGAAUACAUUAACAACGGAUCACAAACUUAACACGUGCCAGUUGGUAUGGACACUCUUUGAUACAGCCCACACAUCUCCAACUGUUGGAAGGUCUUCUUAUCCUCACGGGCAGCGAGUAAUAACCACGCAGAGGUCCAUAAAUAGAAGAUACAAAAACUGAGAGAGGAGAGACUGCAGCUGGAAUAUUUAAUGGUACAUAAAAAUUUUGAAAAUUGUCUUAUAAUAUUGCUAUGGUUAGGAUUUUAAAACCAUCGUCGUUGUGAGGUAACACAUUUUGAAUAUGUUUUGAUUAAUCGAUAUGAAACCGGGAGAGAUGAUCAGCUGCAAUGUAUCGGAAACAUAUUUAAUCUAAUAGUAGGAAUAUAUUGUGAUAGAGAAAACAAAUUAUAGUAGUAGCGUCAGCUCUUCUGAGAAGAGGUAUAAUGUCUUCGUUAAGGAAGAUGCAUCAUUAAGACUUUUAACAAAUUUCACGUGAUAUGUAGUGUAAAAGUGAUGUUUUAUUAUAUAUAUAUAUUAGUCGUCUAAGUAGGCUAGGUUUAGUUACUUCAAGUGCAGGUCGUGGACCAUGAUAUCUAUCGUUCAUUCUGAUAAAAGUUGUAUAAUCUUUUACCGGCUGCUACAAAUCAUCCACAUUCACAAUUUCGCGCAAUUCAUAUUGUUUUUCCAAAUCACGGACUUGUCCAAUUUUCUCGUUUCGUUUCUUGGUUUGUUUUUCUCAUUUUUUUCUUCUUUUUUUUUUCCGUGAAUCAUGUCAGUGAUCGUAGAGUGUUUAAUAAUUUUUUGUUUUCAUUCUUUUCUACUUUUCAUUUAUACGUGUAAACGACUGUCCUUAGCGUAGUUUUUAAAACCGUACCUGUGGAUUCAAUUAAACGAACCAGUGUCAAAAAAAUAAUUUUGAGGUGUUUCGAUCGAUCGAUCGAGCGAGCGAGCGAGCGGACGAACGAACGAACGAACGAAUGCUUUGUUUAGAUGUUUUUCUUUCCUUUUUUUUUUCAAAUAUUUUUUUUACACUUAUUACGAUAAUCUCGAUUUUUUUUAUAUAUUAUCCGCCGUAGGGAAAGGUAAUACCGACCCGUUGGUGGUAUUGUGAUAUUAAAAAAAGCAAGUGUGAUUAAUAUAAGUUUUAAGGUUUUUUUUUCUCCUGCUAAUUUCGGAGCUGUGCGAUGAAUAUGCGGCUGUCAGUAUGCCAUUUGAAGCAAUAAAAAAAAGUAAAUAUGAAGAAGAAAAAAAUUAAAUUCGUUACUUGCAUCUAUUCUACAUAGGACCGAAUGGAAAAUCAAUAGUAAAUUUGAAGUCAAAUGUUCGAACGACUGUGGUCGUUGAGGGCAUGCAAAAUACCGUACAUGAUUCUAACAGCUGGCCAUUGUGGUGCCUCGUCUAUUUGAUUGGUUAAAAUUUAUCAAAUCAGACGGAUGGCCUCCGAAUUUCAAUAUAUGUGAUCUUAUAUCAUUAUUAUGAUUAUCUAGAAACAGAUUAUAGAAUGCUAUUGUCUAUAUUUUAUACUGAGUUAAAAAUUCUAUGAAGAUAAUAACAAAAAAUACAAAUAAAAGAUGAAAAAAAUAAUACAACAAAUUAUAAAAUAUAUAUCUACAUAUAUACGUAUAUAUUUAAGAAUAUAUAUAUGUAUGUAAAAUAUUUAAUUUUUCACACAACGAUAUUACGAUAAAGUAUUUAUAUCUGCAUAGCACGCACAGAUGCGGAAUGAUGUUUGUAACGACAAUUUCUGGACAAUGACUCCUGCGCGAUUGUGUCUUCGGUUCACCUAAAUGUGUACAGGUUUAAAUGGAGGUUUAUAUAUACCCGUAAAACCUUCGGUAAGAUUUACGGGUAUUAAAACCGACAGAACCGAAUUCUCUCGCGCAGAGAGACCGAGACCGAGAGAGAAAGAGAAAGUAAAAUCUUCCGGGUAUUUGAAUCGAACUUCUGUACGCAUUUGCAGGCUCUUUGAUAAUUUUGUAUAAGUCGUGGUUACAAGCUUCCGUGUUUGGCGAUGGUCGUUAUGACGAGCGAAAGACACUGAAGCAUAAUUUCGCGUUGCACUUCUAAUUAACUUAUGUAAAUACGUAUAUAAUUUUCGCAAUUUUUUUUGUUUCCAUUUUUCUCGUUUUUUUUCUUGACGGAUAUCUUGAAGUAUUGGUACUAGAAUAAUAGAUAACACAGUUCAUGACAGUAUUGUAUCUUAACCAAAUUUCUGUUUCUCCUUGUCGAAAGAACUCAGUUGAAGCAGUCAUCAUAAGUUAAUGGGGUCUUAGAGAAAUAUUUUUUCGUCCAAAUGGUUAACGGGCAGAAAAAUACUUCGCUAAAACACCAAAGAGACAACAACA